GUGCAUCAAUAUUGAAAGGGUUUGUGAAAGAUAGAUUUGGAAAGCAAAUGAAAUUGAAGGAUCUGCAUAAUAUAAAGCAGCAAGUUAAGAAAGCAGAGCAGAGUGACCACACAGAUGCAGAGCAGAUUGUCAGAGUUAUAAAACAUUUGAAAGAUCAAGGCCAUACAGCUGAGAUUGGGGCAGAUGAGAGUGGAAGCAUUCAAAUGAUUUUUAUUCAGACCCAGAAGAUGGGACAGGCAUUCAAAAAAAAUCCAGACAUAAUCUUUGCAGAUGCCACCUACAAGACAAACAUGCAGGGUUACACUCUUCAGUGUUUUGCAGUAAUGAAUGAACAGGGCUUAGGAGAACAUGUCGCAUAUGCCUUUCUGCGAGGCGAAACUGAACAACACCUGUCUCAAAUGUGUGCUCUUUUUAAGGAGAGAAAUUCUGACUGGAGCAGAAUCAGAAUGUUCAUGGUGGACAAAGAUGCAACCCAAAUGAAAGUGUUACAUGAAUAUUUUGUAGAUGCUCUUGUCUUUUUGUGCUCUUUCCAUGUAAUAAAACACUGGAAGAAAAGAAUAGCAGAGCUGCUUCUCACAAGACAAGCAAAGAAAGCUCUUCUGACCACAUUAGCAUCAAUUUUGUACAGUGACACAAAUGCGCAAUAUCAGCAAGGUUUGGAAAAACUGAAACGUGAAUGCCAAGAUCAAAAGUUUGUUGAUUACUUUUUGACACAAUGGGAUGCUCAGAAAGAAAAAUGGGCCCAUUUCUACAGGAAGAAGUUACCCACCAUGGGAAACAACACAAAUAAUAGAAUUGAAAGCCACUUCCAGAAACUGAAAAAGGUGUUGCACCAAAAUUUGUCAAUAUGUGCAGCUCUAAAAGAAUUGAUUAAAUUCAUUGAAAUACAGGAAUGUGAAAGAAAUUUUCAAGAAUGUUCAGAGAUUACUACACAUUUCUUUGACACACGGGCAGGUUCACAAACAGCAAUGGAACUAUCAAAGAUUCUGACAGACAAAGCCUACAGAAUGGUGAUGGAGGAGUUACAAAUAUCAGAAAGUCAAAGUUUUACCAUUUUUAAAGAGGAGGAAGGGUACUUUGUACAAUGGCAAGGGAAAGGUAGACACAAGAAAAACAAAGUGGACACAGCUAUGAAAACAUGUUCUUGCACCUUUUCUGUAACAUUUGGUCUACCCUGUGCACAUAUUAUUUUCUGUCGAAAACAAGAAAAUGCUCCAGUUGUAGACCACACAAGCAUUCAUCCAAGAUGGCUUAAACGGGAUGAGGAAGUCCUUCAGGAGUUUGUUAAAAAUGGUUUAGGGGACUGCCAGGUUAUGAUGAUGCGAAAGUCCAAAUUCAGUAGCAAUGAAAGAUUCAAUACUGUUUGUCCUAUUGCCAUGGAGAUAGCAUCUCUGAUUGCUAGCUGCGGAGGCCAAGAAUAUCAGGACAAACUUCAAGUAUUGAGAAAUUUAUUAAAUUGCUGGAAGGCCAACAAACAAAGUUUAGUACUUGAAAUUGCAUCCAGCACUGAAGACUGUGGCCACAGUGAAGACAAACAAAUGUUUGAGUCUGGAGAUAUUAACAAGGCAAAUGAUAAUGUAAUGAGUGCUAACAAAUGCAGUCAUAUUCAUGAUCCAGAGGUAGCAGAGCUUGAUGCUAAAGAUGCUGUUAACGCCUGUUCCAGCCUUAAAAUCACACCGGUUAAAAGUAGACGGGGAAGGCCAAAAAGGCAAAGAAACUUUACUUUCAACAAAAAAGGUUAGCACGUAUUUACUUAUGACAUUGUAAAAUACUGUACAAUAACAGGACAUGAAUUUUCUUAAUGAACUGUCAAGCAUUUAAUAUGUUUGUCAUUGACAUGAUUACAGCCAAGAAACGUCUGCAUGAACCAGAUACAGAGUUGGACGAUCUGCCUUCAUUCCUUGUCCCAUUACAAUGCCAAGUGAUGCCAACACCAGAUACAGGUUUUAGUGUUGGAGGGAUUACUCUCUAUGAUCUUGACCUGGACACCCUUAAACCAGGAAUGUGGCUUAAUGACAAUGUUCUACAUGCCUACCUUGGACUCGUGGCAGAAGAAUCCGUCAAGCCAGUUUACAUACUACAGUGCUUUAUUGAAGGGUUUUGGAGAAAAGGACAGUACACUGUGUGGCAGUACAAAAAUGUGCAGUUUGAGAUGUACCAGUGGAUAUUGCUGCCUGUGUGCAGGAAUUCACACUGGUUCCUUCUGGCAGCAAAUGUUGAGUUGCGCAAGGUGUAUGUCAUGGACUCGCAGCCAAGUGUGACUAGGCAGAGGCAGUACCUAAAUUACUGGAGAAACUUCAUGAAAGAGCGGGCUGUAACUGGAGAGAAGUUGGAUGGAUGGUCAAGUGGAAGCAUCUCUACAGUGACACAGGAAGAUGGCUCUAGCUGUGGCAUAUUUGCUCUAAUGAAUGCUGAAGCUUUGAUAAAAAACGCUGACCCAAGUGAUGUAAAACAAAGCCAAAUAAAUAAAAUCCGGCUGUACAUCCGUGAUCGCCUGAUAGCAGCUCCUAAACACAAUUGAACAUUUUUUUUUUGUAACUUUUUGUAAUGAUUUUUAUUUUUAUUUUUGCCUUAUACACUACAGACUGUGUUUUACAGGAUAUGUGAACGUGAAUGUGUUUUGUGUAAUGAAAGGAAAAGUAAUACAUUUUAAAAAGGUA